UCAAUUUGGCCCACUACCACUAGCUUCAUAACAUUUAUUUCAUUUUUGUCUGCUAGUAAUCAUUGUGAAACAUUGUGAUCUUGGUCCGUGAUUCGACCCAUACUUUUUCUAGGUAAUAAGUAUAUUUUCUUAUUUCGAGAUAAUUUAUUAUAUAAGAACAAUCGAGCAAAUCUGUUUCUCAUCCACAUCUCAAGGAUCUUUCCGCAUGGGUACUCUCGAUUUACCUCAUGUAUCAUUGUUCAAGGGAGGAAGCGAAACAUUUCUUAGGAACGUGUUUGAGAAUAUACUGAAGACGUAUUUGAGGAAGAACCCGACCGCGAAGACGAUAUGGGAGCUCGUUCAGUCCGUGGACAAUGAGAAGAUCUGCUAUGACCACUUUACUUUCAGGACACUUAAGGUAGAUGGAUAUGGAAUAGAUUCCUUGUCGAGUUUUUUCAUGGAUUAUGGAUAUAAAAUUGGAGGCGGACUUGAUUUUCCUAAGAAGAAACUGCGAGUUCUCUGGUUUUCUCCACCGGAUGCUCAAGUUCCAAAUGACGGUCACGGUCUAGCCAAUGGUCCUUUGCCACGACUUGUUAUAGCUGAGGUUCUUGUGGACGAACUAAGCCUUGAAUCACAGGGGAUAAUAAGGAAGUAUUUGAAACCACUAGGUGGUAAACAAGCCGUUCUUUCAAGUACUUUGGGGUCUUUAAUUUGGGAGAAGCCUACAUGGGCCGACUUCACGCAACUUGCCAAAGAAAGCGAAUUUGCGGCAUGGACACUUAUCCACGGCUAUACAAUGAACCAUCUUGCUUUUGCGGUUCAUCGAUUUAAACACCGUUUCAAAUGUGUGUGUGUGAGUGUGUUUUUCUAGAUCCUUAGAGCACCUCCAUCAGAGGUUAUUAAGCAAGGGUUCUUAAGAGAAAAGCCCUAAAAAUAAAUCAAAAAGGAAAAAAAUGACAACAACCGGUUCCUAAAAAAGAGGUUUUAGAAUUGUUAAAAACCUCUAACGUGUCUGUUUUUUAUUGGUUCUUCUUGUCUCUCUCUCUCGCCUCUUCCUCUCUUGGUCGUGACUCUCUCAUUCGAAUCUGUCUGGUUUCUUCCAAUUUGGGAAUAAGUCUAUGAAAAGAGACAUUCACACUUGUAUUGAGAGGAUCUUUGGUGGUUUCCCUGAAAAUCUUCAGAAAAGAGAUAAUUACACUUGCCUCUGCAAGGUUUCGAUCAAGGCACCAAGAUAGAAGCCAUUGGUCUCGGUUAGGAUCUGUGUAGUUGAUUCCGGUUCAUGUUUGCUGUUUUAAUUAUACAGACAAAGGAACCAAAACAGGUUCAAGGGCGAGGAAGAAAAGGACAUGAUGUAGAAGUAGAACAUGAAGAAGAUGAUGCCACGACAUCUGAGCAACAGCCAAUUGAGAAACAAGCUGAGGAGUUCUCUGGAGAAUGGGAUACAAAUGUGCCUGAGCAGGCAGUGAUAGUAGGAGAGGAGCAAGGGAUGAAGGGAAUGAGAAAGCGGGUGGGCAGAGAAAAGGGCGUAGCGUGGGAAUCAUCAUAAUCAUCACCAUCAACAUCAAGUUGGAACACCACCUUCAAACCAUCCAAUGAGCAGCAUGGAGUAGCCAAAACAGCAACCACCGGGACCAAGGAUGCCUGAUGGGACCAGAGGAUUCUCGAUGGGAAGAGGAAAGCCAAUCACGGUUCAGGCAGACUGAUCCAGAGCUGAGUGAGUUGUGUGAUCAUGAGUCGUGUGUAUGAGCUAUUUUCAUAAUCAAGAUUAUAGCAAAACUAAAAAAUGAGAGUUUAUUGAUGAAUUUAAUUAUCCAGAAAAUAUAAAGAUUAUAGCAAAACUAAAUUUAAUAA